GUUGGAAGCCUGCAAGCCUCGUUGACUUGUGUUUCCUUCUAUAGUGUGCUAUGAGCACUCCACAAUUUGCGGGCAGAAAUAACAAAUUGACCUCAUCACUGCUCUGAACACAAACGAAGACCGUCUUACCCCGACGAUGGACGAUGCCCCACCAAUUGAAUAGAAACGGUUCUUGGUGCCCCAAAAGAGAUUUACGCUACAUUUCAUUGCACUGAAUUAGUUGGCAUUUGUCGCAUUAAUCGAGGAUCAUUUACAACACCCAAACACUCCAUGUAACCAUGGGACUGGAACAUAUGCCGCCCCAGCCAGGCCCCCCUGGCACCACCCCUGGCCGUUUCUCGGCAUCGAUCUGGUCCCAGACAGGUCGCGCCAGGUCGCCAUCGAUCUAUCGCAGCGUGUCUCAUGUGACCCCAGCCGCCUGGGACCCACGCGGCGUGGACGGCCACGCCAUGGGAUGUCCGUGUUGGCGGACGCCGCGCGGCAAGCGUCCACAGCCUUGGCACGGUUGGGCGGACGACUGGAAACAGAUGGACAGCAGAAGGUUGACCUCCAAGGCGCUAUCGAUGGUCUAGAGCAACUGGCCCAAGCGCUGGAGGACGCCGGUCACCCCGACGUGGUGCCCGACGGUCCCAGCCGGAGCGCGGCGCAUCUGUCGGGGUCCAGUUUGAGCGACAAGCUUUUGGCCAUUGCCAAGGGGAAGCUCUCCUUGAAAGCGCGCAGCAGCAGUGGCAGCAGCAGAUCCUCGAGGAGCCCGAGUCCUCCCGUGGCGGAGGUUGAUGAGGUCGCGGUGCAGGACUUCGUGAGCAGCAACGGCCUGGACGAUUGGGUCUCGGAGGCCCUCAUGAUGCUCACGCCCUCUCAGCGCUCUUUGGUCCUGAAGCCGCUGAACGUGGAGCGCGCGCGGAACGUCAACGGCGUGGUGAUGAGCCGCGUGCGGAGCGCCGUCUCGGUCGAGGAGCGCGUGCGGAUCUUCGUCAAGGUGAACGAUUUGGCCGAGGGCGUCCUGGAUCGUAUGUCCGGCUUGACCGAAGAGCAAUGCGAGGCAGUGAUGGAGUCCGGGAUGAAGAUCCAGCGUGCGUCCAACCCUUCGGGCGUGGCCAUGAGCCGGAUCAGCGAGGCCGUGCGGAACAUCAGUGACCGCGGGUCCCGGCGUAUCGACCUGAACCACAGCGGGUUACCCCGCACGGGAGCUUCCCACCGGAACAGCACAGGUCUGGCGGUGCGGAACGUUUCAGGUGCGUGGCCGGAGGAUGUGGUGAAGCUCAUGAAGGAAUUGGGCCUUGAGGAUUGGUGUGGCGAGGUGAGACCCGAGACAUCCCGAGACUUGAGACACGCUCGUCAGGUCGACACGACACACACAUUGGUCGGUCGAGGUCGAGAUACCAAGAUGAGAUGGGCGAGACUGCUUGAGAGAGUGCUAUUUUUGGAGGAGGGGGAGGGCGUUCUUUCAUUAUACUAUGUUUUUUUUUAAAUCACUGAAAAGGAACCAAAGACUAGACUGGGAGAGAUAUGAGAGAUGGUCAACCUACAAGGGUUCAUUGGGUGAUGCCAUGACCCACAGCCGUGAUGAGUGUGGGCUCCGGGGUGAAGCUGGGUGGUUGGAAGUUGGAAGGUUGGAUGAGGACGUUGCAGGACCAUUGCAGGAUGUUGCAUGUGGAGACGCGUCCUCAGGCCCUUGGAGACGAUGGUUUCAGACGGAAGCUAUAUAUAUAUAUAGACACCUCUUGUUGAACCUUUAGAGCUGAUACUGGGACCAGAUGAUAUUUCAGUCAAGAGAAGGCCUCCAACAACUUCAUAUGUUCAGGGCUACUCCUCCAUGAACUCGACUUUGGUG